GAGCAUGGGGCGGCCAUGGCCGCUGCCGGCAGCUGUGGCGGCGGCGCGGCGGCCCCGGGGCAGCCCGAGCCCUGGGAGCUGUCGCUGCGGGAAGUGCUGCGGGUGUACGAGCAGCCGAUCAACGAGGAGCAAGCGUGGGCCGUGUGCUUCCAGGGCUGCCGCGGGCUGCGGGACGCGCCGGGCGCCCGCAUCCGCGACACGGACGACGUCCUCCUGCGCAGAGACGGCUCGGUGGGCGCGCGGCGGGGACCCGGCGCCGCGGAUGCUGCGACGAUGGUGGCACUGCCGAGCAGUUCGGAAGCCCAGAUGGUGCAGUCACUGGGCUUCGCCAUCUACCGCGCCCUGGACUGGGGGCUGGACGACACAGAAGAGCGGGAGCUCAGCCCGCAGCUGGAGCGGCUCAUCGACCUCAUGGCCAACAGCGACUGCGAGGACGCCAGCUGCGGGGCUGCUGACGAGGGCUACGGAGGUCCCGAGGAGGAGGAGGAGUCCGAGGGCGGCCCCCGGGUCGUGCGCACCUUCGCUCAGGCCAUGCGGCUGUGUGCUGCCCGGCUGACCGACCCUCGGGGCGCCCAAGCCCACUACCAGGCCGUGUGCCGAGCCCUCUUCGUGGAGACCCUGGAGCUGCGUGCCUUCCUGGCCCGAGUCCGGGAGGCCAAGGAGAUGCUGCAGAAGCUCGGGGAGGAUGAGCCGCAGGUGGAAAAGCCGCUGGUGGAACUCGACAACCUGGGGCGCACAGACUGGGCUCGGCUGUGGGUGCAGCUCAUGCGGGAGCUGCGCCACGGGGUGAAGCUCAAGAAGGUGCAAGAGCAGGAGUUCAACCCCCUGCCCACCGAGUUCCAGCUCACGCCCUUCGAGAUGCUGAUGCAGGACAUCCGGGCCAGGAACUACAAGCUGCGAAAGGUCAUGGUUGACGGGGACAUCCCUCCCAGGGUGAAGAAGGAUGCCCAUGAGCUCAUCCUGGACUUCAUCCGCUCCCGGCCUCCACUGAAGCAGGUGUCGGAGAGAAGGCUUCGCCCGCUUCCUCAGAAGCAGAGGAGCCUGCACGAGAAGAUCCUGGAGGAGAUCAAGCAGGAACGCAGGCUGCGCCCCGUCGGGGGCCCACGCUGGGGUGCCCGUGGGUUCGGCUCUCUGCCCUGCAUCCUCAAUGCCUGCUCCGGCGAUGUCCAGUCCACCUCCUGCAUCAAUCUGUCUAACAUGGAUGCUGGGAGCAGCACCCAGCGCCCGCGGCCCCGAGUGCUCCUCAAGGCACCCACCUUGGCCGAGAUGGAAGAGAUGAACACAUCGGAGGAGGAAGAGUCUCCGUGUGCAGAGGUCACGCUGAAGCGGGAUCGCUCUUUCUCAGAGCAUGACCUGGCCCAGCUCCGGAGCGAGGUGGUCUCUGGCCUGCAGCCGGCUCCCCAGCCCCCCGGAGGCGUGGAGCUGAGCCGGCCCCGAGCGGGCAGUGUGUACUCCUGGAGGCCCCGCAGCCGAGACCAGGAUUCCCCAUCUGUGAAUGUCCAGUCCCUGCCUGAUUCCAGCCCCCCCCAACUCAGGGGCCCAGAGGAGGACAGACCAGAUGCCAAACACCUGUGGCUGGAGUUCAGCCACCCCGUGGAGAGCCUGGCCCUGACGGUGGAGGAGGUGAUGGACGUGCGCCGCGUGCUAGUCAAGGCGGAGAUGGAGAAGUUCCUGCAGAACAGGGAGCUCUUCAGCAGUCUGAAAAAGGGGAAGGUCUGCUGUUGCUGCCGAGCCAAGUUCCCCCUGUUCUCGUGGCCCCCCACCUGUCUCUUCUGCAAGAGAGCUGUCUGCACUUCCUGUAGCAUAAAGAUGAAGAUGCCUUCCAAGAAGUUUGCACACAUCCCCGUGUACACACUGGGCUUUGAGAGUUCUCAGAGGGCGUCGACUGCCAAAGCCUCCCCGACACAGAGACGAGACGUCUUCCAAUCUCUGCAGGGCCCACAGUGGCGGAGCGUGGAGGAGGAGUUCCCCCACAUCUACACCCACGGCUGCGUCCUGAAGGACGUCUGCAGUGACUGCACCAGCUUUGUGGCCGACGUGGUGCGCUCCAGCCGCAAGAGUGUGGACGUCCUCAACACUACGCCACGCCGCAGCCGCCAGACCCAGUCCCUCUACAUCCCUCACACCAGCGCUCUCGACUUUAAGUGAUGGCCUCAGGCUGCCAGGCCCCGGGGCAGGAGCCCAGCUUGGUCCUGGGGUGCUGGGGCACAGCUGCCUCCCACGCUCCUGAGCUGUGCAUGUACAUAUACAUGUACAUAUAUACACAUAUAGAUACAUUUAUAUAAUAUAUACACACAGCCUAUAUUUAUAUACAUUGUCUCCAGCUUUCAUUUGUGGCUAGGCUCUCCCCAGCCCCUCAAGAUUCCUUGGGGAGAGGGCAGGGAAGACAACAGGGGAACAGGUUUUCUCACUGAGGAGAGGACACAGAGGAUUCUAGAUCGUGGGUCUCCUCCCACUGACUCCACUGCCAUGGAAGCUCCUCCCUGGCUGCACUUCCAAGUUGGAAUGGGGCACAUGGAUUCCCAGGUGUCCCACAAAGUCCCCGAGGCUGUCUGCUCUCGGACCCUGGCCUGGCAUCCACAGCCCAGGCACCCUGCCCGGCCCAGCCCUGUCACACUCUGGUGCUGACCUCCACUCACUGCUGGCCCAGAAGGCCCUGGUGAUCCGGCUACAGAGGGAAGCAGUCCUGUGCACUUACGCACACGGCUGCUCCUGGCCUAAUAAAGGUGACCUCCCAGGCUCCCAUCUCAGGUAUGCACACAGCACUUGCCCAGCUACAGCACUGGGCCCCUUCCCUUGGGGCUGAGUGGCCACCUGGGCUCAGCAGUCAAGGUGCCCCGCAUGACAUGAAGGCCUACUUGGGUCCACACAGCCCCAGCUGCCUCCUCUACCAGCUUCAAGUCCCUGGUCACGCUGGUCUGGGCUACCUGUCACCCACGCUGGCAGCACCUGCUAGUGCCCUGCCUGCUCACAAGGACCCAGGAGGUGAGUUCUGUCACCACUGCACCGACAGGUGAGGAAGCUGAGGAUCAUGAGGUAAAGGAAUUUGGCCAGAUAUACCCAGCUUGGGCACACGCUGACCCUCAGGGAGGCCUGUGCCUUGCAGUGAUUUAUAACAGGGCUGCAGGAAAGAAUGCUUUUCAUUGGCUGGAGUCCA